AUUUGCUGAAACGUUAUUCACUAAAAAUAACACUUUUUUGGCGCAAAACUAUUACAAAGCCUUCAAAUGUCAGUAAAAAUGGAUUCAAUUGAUGAAAAAAUAGAUGAAAAUAAGGAUUUGGUCGAUGAUGUGGUUAAAGAGUUACACCAAUUGGUGAUUGAAGACAAAAAAUGUAUAACAUACAGUUAUUUAAGUCUUCGUUUUCGUACUCACGUGAAACUGGCCAUCAGACUUCUGGACCAAUUUGUUGAGCGACAAUACAAACGAGGGAAUCAAUUGUUUGUCAAUUAUCUGUUGUCUGGCAAUAAUGACAGCAAUGAUAACGACAACGAAAUUAAGAUGGAGAGGUUUAUGAUUGUCGAUGAGUCUGAAGUUGAUUCGGUCAGUCAGUGGUUCCGCAAUGGUUUCACUAAACAUAUCUAUAGUGUUAGUGUAACUCAAGAGAGCAGUUCACUUGAUCUUAAUUUUAACGAAUUUGAUUAUGAAGUCAAAGAUAAGACUGAUUUAAAUGAUUUACAAAAGUUAACGUAUAUCACUAAUGAUGGCAUCGAUUUCCGACAAUCUAACAGAAGACAAGUCGCUAAGUUUGUCGUAAAGAAAGAACAAAGUGAUAACAAAAGCACAACAAUUGAGAAACAAGAAAAUCAUAGCAAAGCUAAACCUAAAAUCAUCAGCAAAGGAAAGAAUAGAUCGAAGAAGAAGAUCACAGAAAUGUUUUCUAAGAACAAAAAAGACAAUAAUGAAGAACUUGUCAAUAAUGAUGAUAACGACCCGUUUAAGAGUGACAGUGAAACUGAAGAUAAGGAUAAAAAUGAAGACUCUUUAACCUCUAAAGAAAUAAGUGACGAAGAAAUUGAGGAAAAGGUUAACAUAAUUAAUGAUAAAAGAAAAUCCAAGAAUGAUUCUAAUGACACAUCAGAUGAAGAAGAAAUAUUUACCAUUAAGAAAAAGUCUAAGAAAUUUAAAAGAAUUAAAAUUGAUUCCGAUAGCGAUUCUGAUGAUGAAUGCAAAGAAAAGACUGCUAUCGAUAAGUUUGUUAAUAAGAAUAGUUGUAAUAAUGAUAUCAAGAAAGUAAUGGAACAAAUUGAGACAUAUGAAGAUGAAGACGGAUUUUUAGUUACUAAAAAAGUUAAAAAAGAGGUAACAAAUGAUGAUAAAGACAAUAGAAUUAAAGAUAAAGAAGAAAAUGCUAAUCAAGAGAACAAUGAAAUAAAGACAAAAAGUGAAGAAAAGAGAAAGAAAACGAAAAAUGAAGAGAAGUCUAAACAAGUGAAGAAUGAAGUGACAAAUGUUGACAACAAGAGUGUGAAGAAACCGAAGACACAACAAAAAGAUAAGAAUGGUAUGACUCAGUCAUCGAUUACCAGUUUCUUUAAACCAAAACAAAUUAAUUGAUAGAGAAUGACAACACAUCUAUUAUAUUUAUAUUAUUAAUUUACAUCAAUGUUUUUAAU